AUGGGCAAUAAUCUGGAUGAUUUUGACCUUCCUUGCAUAAACUCAGAUCAUCUCGAUUUGGGAGGUUGUCGUGAGUUACAAGAAGAAUCUUCCAUAGUUGUUGAAGAUGAUCAUCUGCGUGCCAAAGAUAAUCUCAAUCCUGAUCAGAAGUUUGCGUACGAUACCAUCGUGAGGCAUGUUGAUAGUAACUGUCCAGGAGUUUUUUUUGUUGAUGACCCUGGUGGAACGGGGAAAACCUAUCUGUAUAAUACUCUACUUGCUGAGGUUCAUUCACGUGGGCAGAUUCCCAUUGCGACCGCAUCUUCUGGGGCAACAGCUAAUAACAUGCCUGGAGGAUGCACAGCUCAUUCGAGAUUCAAAAUUCCUCUAAUCCUGAAUAAUAACUCUCUUUGCAACAUCAGUAAACAAAGUGGUACUGCGCAGCUACUUCGUCAUGCCAAACUCAUCAUAUGGGAUGAAGCCUCGAUGGCUAAGCGACAAGCGGUGGAGGCAUUUGAUCGAACAAUGCAAGAUAUAAUAGGCGUAAGGCUGCCAUUUGGGGGGAAGGUAAUGGUUUUUGGAGGUGACUUUAGGCAGGUGUUGCCGGUGAUCAAAAAAGGAACCCGCGCACAGAUUGUAGACUCGAGUCUGCGGAUGUCGCCUCUUUGGCCUGGGAUAACUAAGCUGCGUUUAUCUGUCAACAUGAGAGCACGGACGGAUCCAUUGUUUUCAGAUUUUCUUUUAAGAGUCGGCGAUGGGGAAGAAGACAUGAUUGACGGCAACUUCAUUCGCAUACCUGAUGAGAUGACCAUCCCAUACACUAUCGAGUCCGAGACCAGAUCGAAAGAGGACUUAAUAAGUGCCAUAUUCCCAUCCAUUGAAAUGAAUGGGACUUCUUCAGAGUACAUAAUUUCCAGGGCAAUACUAUCAACUAAAAAUGAAAAUGUUGAUGAGAUAAACGAUGAGUUGAUCAGUAGAUUUAGUGGGCAGGAGCGAAUAUAUUACAGCUUUGAUGAGGCGGAAGACGAUGUUAACAACUACUAUCCGGUUGAAUUCUUAAUUUCUCUUAGUGUUGCAGGUUUGCCCCCUCAUCGUCUACGACUCAAAAUCGGGUGCCCAGUUAUACUAUUGCGUAACAUCGAUCCAUCCAACGGACUUUGUAACAGAACACGAUUGAUAUGCAGAGGUUUUCAACGAAAUGUCAUUGAUGCGGAAAUAGCGGUCGGGCAACAUGCCGGUAAAAGAGUUUUCUUACCAAGAAUACCCAUGUGUCCCUCUAAAAAUGAUAUGUAUCCCUUUAAGUUGAAGAGAAAAUAG